GUGAAUUUUCCGACUUGACGCAAAGCGCGAGUAUACUCUACCAUAGUCACAGGGGACGCAGGGACAGCAGCAGAGUUCCAAUAUGAACUGCAGUCUUCCACCGUGGUACGUCGGAAGUCAGGACUUGGGGAUAGAGAUGAGGGAGCAAAUGAGACGUCGCCAUUGGAGUCGAGCCCCGAAUCCCGAACCAGGAAAUCGAAGGCACGCGAUGGUGGGCCCGGGCGCUGCAACGAAAGCCAUUCCAGUGGAACCGGAGCGAUGAAGCUGUGGUCAGUGUAAAACCUCCAUUAACAGUCUGGCGGUUGCUUCGCUGAGCUCUGCCGGGAACAGCACAAAGCAUUCUUCGGGUGGAGACGAUCAGGAGUCCUGCGCAAUUUUGAACAUCUUCCAGAUAAUUGGUUUGAGGAGGUCUGACUUGUGGAUGAAGAAUUCCACAAUCAAGGAUGAUCAAAUCGUUCAGAACCGCUCGAGCAGAUGAGGUAGUAUUUUCUUCCGGGACCUUGCGACGACGAGUCACGGCGGUGGGAAUAUCAUUUACCGGACAGAAGCCACGCGAUCUUGCCUCAGAGAUUUGAAUGCGUUUCAGAGCUUUGGAGCUGCAUUUGAUAGGAAAUCUGGGGUUCCGACCGAGCUUCGUUUUCAGCUGUGGACAACCAAUGACGUGCUUGUCUCCUCUCGCGCACUCGUCUCUUGCUUUUGGCACUUCUCGCACUCCUUCAUCACUCGCUCACACUUCUCAUACGUCUGUAAUUUCGACACAGUUAUGUACUGCGGGUUUGCUCGUCACCCACACAGGUGGUAAAUUCACAUCGGUGACCAAGGGUUUAGUACAGCUCAGACCGAGCACCAUCACUUCCUUCCAAGAUGACAGGGAAAUGCAACAUCAGCAGGCGGGCUCGCGGAAUGGCGCAAUUGUCAGCAAAAAGACUCAGGCAGAUCUUCUGGAGAGAAUAGCUUAUGAAGUCCGGAAUAAAAGACCUUCCGACAGAGAAUCGACUCCAGUAGUAAGAGCCUUGACGUGGGCCUUUCGGCAGGUCAAAGUGCCUGACGAUGUGGAUGCUCUCGUAGCUGGUCUCGAUCUCCCCCUUCCUGUAUUUACAACUACAGUUCAGAAACUGGGUUUUGAGGGGAAUCCAAUAGCAGCCUUGGCUGUUUUCGAAUGGUUACAAGUUACAGAAGAUAAACAGCCCAAUGUGUAUACGUACAACAGUUUGCUAGGAGCACUCAAAGCCAAUGGACGGUGGGAGAUUGCAGAGAUGGUUUACGGGAAGAUGCAGGAAAGUGGGAUCGCUCCUGAUAUUGUGACCCAAAAUACGCUGAUUAGCAUGUAUGAGCAACAGGGGGCGUAUACUUACGCUUUGAAAAUUUUUAGGAGUUUAAAAUCUCAGGGUUUGCAACCCUCUCUGUUCACUGUUAGAAACGUAAUCCAGAUUCUCGAAAGAAAAGGGGAUGUGGAAACUGCUCUAGACGUAUUUGGAGAAUUCAAGCAGCAAUGCCGGAGGCUAGAAGAAGGCAGAGGCAAGAAAGGGAGUCAGGCAGUCGAAAUGAAGAGAGAUGCCGAGCAGAAACAGCAACUGGAGACUCUGGUAAGGCAAAUGUGCUACGAGAGGAUCACUUACUUGCUCGCCCACCAGAUCAAUCGGGAGGAGGUGAUACGACUGUGGACAAAAAUGAAGAGUAAGCAAGUCCAGCUGAGCAGGAAUAUCUUCGAGAAGCUGAUACGAGCAUGUGGAGACGGUGAAGAAGAUCACAAGUUUGUGAAAUUGCUGUACAUGGAUAUGAGAAAACAACAGCUGCCCAUGAGCGUUAGUCUGUGCAACCAUGUGAUUCAAUCUUUGGGCUGGGGUAAAAAGUGGUGGGCUGCUCUAGAGGUAUUUGAGCACAUGGUGCAACUUGGACCGCAGCCGAAUUCAUACACUCGCAAACUUAUGCUGUCCCACUUCCAAGUGCUGCUGAACUCGGCCAAAAGUAGGAGAAUAUGGAAGUGGGCCCUGCAACUGCUCGAAAAGAUGAUACAGAGAGGCGUAGAGCCCGACAGAUUUUCUUGGAAUGCCGCCCUCAUCGCCUGUGCCAAGGCAGGAGAGACAGAUUCAGCUGUCUCGGUGUUUCAUAAGAUGAUAGAACGGGGUCAGAAACCUGGGGUUUUGAGCUAUGGAGCACUUCUUAGCGCUCUAGAGAAAAGUAACCAUCUCACUGGAGCAAAAAUGGUUUGGAAGCACAUGCAGGAUAUGGGAGUGGAGCCUAAUAUUGUGGCAUACACAACAAUGAUUUCCGCUUGCGGAAGAGGCGGUUCCUAUCCGGAGGCCUUGCAGUUGGUAGAGGAGAUGCGAGCAAACGGAAUCCAACCUUCCUUGAUAACUUACAACGCGCUCAUCACUGCUUGUGCCAAGGCUGGCGAUGGUGAAAGAGCACUGGACGUGAUUCAGCAGAUGACAGCUGCAAAGAUGCAACCGGAUGCUAUCACUUACUCGAAACUCAUCGAGGCUAUGGCAAAUGAGGGCAGGUGGGAACCAGCCACCGCAGCCUACAGGACCAUGCAGGAGUUGAAUCUCAAGCCUCCGACGUAUGCUUACGAGGCAGUUUUGCGAGUCUGUGAGGCCAACAACAUUCCCUUCGAUUGUAAAUCGCUUGAAUUGAAUCCAACAAGUUAGGCAGCUCGUUCUGAAACCCUUCCUUCAUUUGUAUCUUAUUGCUUGAGCUGCCUUUUGUAUAAGAAGAAUUGCUGUGGAGCUAUUUAGGAGUUCCAUACGUGAGGAAGCAGGCAUUUCGAUGAUAGUGCUCCGUUUUUUAAUUAGAUGGGCUCUAUUCAAGAGCCAACAGCGUACCUACAGCCCAUCAAUUUUCAAGGUUUAACUACCUGAGGACUGACGUUUAACCCUACAUCAAAUGUAGCUGUACCAUGAUAGAAGUUUGCAAAGCAGAAAUCUACAUAUCCGACUUGAAUUGCCUU